AUGGGUUACCAAAAAGAGAAGCAUGGAUUUGAAACGGUUGAGGUGUCCCAUAGUUGUAGGGCCAUUAUGACAAGCAAUGUGGUUGUUAAGAAAGUUGAUCUGGGGACAUUUACUAUUCCAUGUACUAUUGGGAUAUUUCAAUUUGCCAAAGCAUUGUGUGACUUGGGGGCAAGUAUCAAUUUGAUGACAUAUGCCAUUUUCAAACAGCUUGGGCUAGGUGAGCCUAAGUCAACAACGAUGCGUCUACUCAUGGCCGACCGAUCUAUCAAGCAUUCUAUUGGCAUUCUUUAUGAUAUUUUGGUAAAAAUAAAUAGGUUCAUAUUUCCUAUCGACUUUGUUAUUCUUGAUUGCAAGAUUGACGUUGUAACACCUCUGAUUCGAGAGAGAGGGCAUAUCAUGUUAAGAACCUCCAGAGCUUAUGCUAGAAGGAAUGUGAGGGAGAAUGAGGAACAAAAAGCUCCUCCCCAAGCCCUUCAAGUUUCGGUCAAUCCUUUGGCUGAGCAGGUUGAGGAAGAUCCUCAAGAGCUUAUUGAUGAUGUCUAUAUGGUUUUGAUGAUCACGGGAGUGAUGCUAGUGGAAAAGGCAGAGUUGGCCGCUUAUCAAUUUAAAGGUGUUGCUCAAGUGUGGGUGAGAGAUGUAGAUUCUAAAACCCCUACUCUUGAGUCAGUCCCCAUUGUUAAUGAGUUUCCGAAAGUGUUCCCCGAUGAUUUACCUGGUAUUCCUCCCGAGCGAGAAAUAGACUUCGAUAUUGACCUUUUCCCAGAUACGCAACCUAUUUCUAUUCCUCAUUACCGUAUGGCUCCGGCAAAAUUUAAGGAGUUGAAAGAGUAA